GCUAGGGUUUACAACCAUGAUCCGAAGGAGUGUCCGUCUACGCACCAAGAGAAGAACCAUUGCUGUUCCUUUUGAUCUGCAGAUCGAGAUUCUUAGCUGGUUGCCUUCAAAAUCCCUAGUUAGGUUUAUGCUCGUAUCUAAAUCAUGGCGAGAAAUAAUCCUCAGCAAGAGUUUCAUUAGAUUACGAUCCUUGACUCAGCCUCUGCGUUUCCUACUAGCUUUUUGUAUUAUAGAUGAACCAACUGGACGCCUAAGUUACAGCUUCUUCUCUUCUUCUUCUUUAUCGUCGUCAUCAACAUCUAUAUCAACCACUUUUCUAUCCAAAAUAACAUUUCCUCUCCGUUGUCGAGCCUCGUACCCUAGUUAUUACGUUAAUGGUCUGAUGAAUAUGGGUGAGAUCAUAUGUAACCCUUGCACCGGAAAGACCAUAUUUUUACCGAAGCUUGUCAACCCAACAGUCGCUAGUAGACGAAGGAUAACCGAUCGCUUUUUCGGAUAUGAUCCUGUCAAUAAUCAGUACAAAGUAUUGUACAUCACCGUCUAUCUCGUAGGAAAAGCAAUACAGAUUUUCUCGAAAACCAAAUUUGUAACCUUUCAGGUAUUCACAUUGGGAGCUAAACCUAAAAGAUGGAGAUUUAUCGAUUGUGGCAUUCCUCACACAACUUGUUCUGACGGUCUGUGUAUUGAUGGGUCUGUGUACUACAUUGCGACGACGGACAAAAGAAUGAUGUGUCUGAUGAGAUUCGAUUUGAACUCUGAGAAGUUUAAUAUCUAUGCUAGAGUAUCUGAAGAAACGAGAGCUUUGUAUUUUCGUGACAACGGUUCUAGAAAUUUGAUAAACUACCAUGGUAAAGUAGCCAUAGCCAUUCAGCCUUCUCGCUCAGUGCCUUCACUUGAUUUGUUCAUUUUCGAAGCAGGAAAACAGGAUUACAAAGAGAAGUCUUUCGAUAAUCUUCCUCAACUUCAUUUACGUAUGAAAGGUGUUAUUAAUCAUAUGGGUGACAUUAUUUUUGUGCCUUGCUAUUCCAGAAGUGAGGCUAUUGUUAUCCACCACGAUUUUAAGGGAGCUAGUUUUCAGAAGAUGAAGUUUGAAGUUGACGCAGAGCAAGAUAUCUAUAGUGAAUCAGAUUAUUUCAUGGGUUACGUAGAGAGUCUUAUGCUGAUUUAAGCUAAGAGAGAGUUAUUAUUAUUUCCUUCGUUUGCUGUGGGAUGUUUCCACUACAGUUCAUGUACUCUUAUCUAAACAUGUGACUCUCUUUUGGUGCCAUUCAUUCUUUCCUAUAGAUAUUAGGGCAACCUUUAUUCUAUUAAACGGAUAUGUUGUUUCUCUAAUAAGUUUUGCAUUGUACAAUGCAGAAGAGAGUAAAAAACUUGGUCUCUAUAAUGGCUCCAGGCCACUAAAACAUAUUUCGAUCGUCACAUUACCAAUAGUUCGGUGAAGACUGAAGCAUGUUUGAGACUUGUGUAUAUACAAAAUUAAAAAACCUUAGUUAAAGGUGAAACUUUACUAAUCUUUUGGUGCUCAUCAUCGGUUUUCUCUCUUCCGUCCAACAUCUUCCAAUCUUCCGACUUCUCGUUACCAUCGAAGAAAGUAACGCGUUGUUGAUGCUGGAAAUGGAGCUGGAGGAUUCUUUUCUGUAAGCCAAGUGCUCACGUUUCUUUUACUCUCACUUGUAGUUAAUAGGAUUUAGGCAGUUUUGAGAUUUGUUCUUCAUUUACUAACCUGACAGGCCAAGGUGCUUGAGCCUUUAAUUACUUCUGGCAGUAAAUUUCUGGAACCAGAUGGUAUGAGUAUAUCU